UCGUGCAUUCUUCCCGUCCCAUGGUUCCGCGUGUGCUUCUCGAACCACAUCCACAUCGUACCUUGCAUGCUCAUUUUGGUUGAACACCCCCCAGCAUUCCUUUCUGUCUGGGUCAUUCAACGUCCACAUUCCACUCCUCGCGUGGAUGCGCCGAUAAGCAUCAUCCAUUGCGGCCAUGGGGAGAUCAUUGCCUCCAUUCCUUUACGGUCCUCCCUCCUCGCAUAGCUUCUAUGGUCCGACGGAGCGCCCAUUCAAUCCAAAGGCAGUGACGCAGGCGAGCUGGACUCGUCCGAAGCCAAAACCUAAGCAGAAAGGACCUUAUGUUAGCUUCAACAGACACCCUGACUCGUAUUCGAACUUCCCUGAUGGAGCGUCCCGCUGGACUCCCAUGAGCCCCAGCACAAAGGGGAGAGUGUUCUAUGGUCGAAAGGUACAGCUUGGUCUGCGUGUACUGGCAUUACUCGGCGCUCUAGGCUCGCUCUUUUGUGCCAUUGUCAUCAAGAAUGUUGCUAUCACUAUCAUUUGGAUCGUUCGAGUCGGGCCUAUCGUUGCCGUUCUUCAUACCCUCUAUGGAAUCUACCACCUAUGCCGCUCGCCUGUCAGCAGACCGGCUGGAUCACAGGCCAGUUACAUGGUCUUUGCGGCAACGCUUGACCUUGGCUUGGUUCCAUACUAUGUCUUCUCCGCAUACAUCGCGUACAAGCAGAUCACCAACAAUGCCUACCACUGGAGCACUCUGCUGAGCGCGGACGCUGGUAUCACGGACAAGGUCGCUCAUUCCACUUUCAUCCUUAGCAUUGUCAACGGAAGCUUUCAUUUAAUCUCUCUGUGCAUUUCCGUUUGGUUGGCUUUAAUAUUCCGGCAGAUCUCCCAGCUGCCACCAGAUCUGAAUCCUCUCGAAGACAAUCUGACUGCUCGUCCUCAUAAACGAAACAAGUCGGAAAUCAACGAAAAGCAUCUCAGCCAGUCUACUGUUGCAUCGGCCACGUCUAUGGAAGAACCCCUCAUUGGCCCUGCUCGGCAAGUGCCAUUCAUGCACACCCGCAACCAGUCCUCAGAAGAUGGCUCGAGCCGGUUUUCCGUUAUUAACGAGAAGAGGCGAUCACACCAAUCGAUGUACAGUGACACGGUUGUCCCACCCGUACCACCUGUCCCUCAACACUCCUUUCUGGCGCAGCAUGACCAGCAAGCGUCGGUGCAAUCGCCCUUGACAGAUUCCCAUAACGACCACGCUCAGCAAGGCUCUGGUGACCUUCCCGACAGAGCUCAAUGCGUGAGCCCUGACUCGGACAACUGGAUUGUCUACCCUUCUCGGUCACCCUCGCCUGCAGAGGCUGGUUUGAAUGAGAACAUAGCCCGUCGAGAACCCUCGUCUGCCUACAGUCAAGCGGAGAGCCUUAUCUCUAGAGGUAGCAGCUUCAAGGACUGGCUUACUUCCGCCCAGCGCUACGAACUGCACCUUAACGAGGCUAUCUCGGAGGAGGUUCGCGGCGAGUACGAGGCACUAGCUUUCCACGAACACUAUGCGAAUGACGAGGACAUUCAUGAUAUCCCUCAGGUGACACGAUUCUACGACAACGCCGAGCAAGACAUUGGCGACCACAACAUCAAUAUCUUCCUCGACCACAACACCCGCGAGCGACAAUUCUCCGCCUCCCUCCAGGUCAACCCUCUAGCCCUCAACCCUCCCACCCCACAGCCGGUCCAAGACGAGAUCAACAACGCACCCCAACCCCGAUCCCCCGAGAAGAAAGGCCGCUUCUACGGAGAACUCAACAAUCAGCCUUGGCUCAGCGUUGCGCGCAGUGUAAGCGGUCAGAACGACCCCGACUCGCACGAUCUGGACCGGAAGAGGAGCAAGCUCGUCAAACGCAACAGCCAGAAAUUCAACACGUACGGUUCACUGAGGCAGCAUGACGCCGACGAUCUGGACGUCGAAAAUGAGAUCCCUCCUGUCCCUACCGAUCCUACGGUUGCAGACGGUGACCGCAAGGGUCGCGUUGUCAGUAACUCUGGGGCUGACAUCGGUCGGCAUGAUUUUGGGUCAGGCUCCUCCUUGGCGUAUGGCAAUUACAUCGCUAACUUGGGCGUGGGACGACAACGCGAUGUGAGUGGAAAGAUCGCCGAGGAAGGGAGAGGUGGCGUGGUCACCGAGAGUCCGAAGCCGAUUAGAGCUGCCGGAUGGGCUCGCUUUGCUGGGCUCUAA